AUGUCAGUUUCAUGUAGUAUACCGAGAGAAAUUGGAAAUUUAACAACAUUGAAGGAGAUCUACCUUGAUAAUAAUAAUUUCAUAGAAAUUCCAAAUGAGAUCGGCGCUUUAGAUCAAUUGGAGAAGUUGUAUGUGCAAGAAAAUGUCCUAGAAGGAAAUGUUCCUAUGGUUGUUUUCAACAUGUCUUCUUUGAUUACUUUGACUCUAUUUGGAAACAACUUGAAGGGUAGACUUCCAGACAAUAUGUGCCAGAAUCUUCCUCAUAUUCAAAUUUUGAAUUUCGGUGAUAACCAGCUUGAAGGUCCACUUCCAUCCAUAUUUUGGCAAUGCAAACAACUUGUUGAAUUAAGCUUGGAGCAUAACAAGUUCAGCGGAAACAUACCCAAAGAUAUUGGGAACGCAACCCAAUUAAAGCAGGUUUAUCUUGCCAAAAACAAUUUGACAGGGUCUAUACCAGCGACCAUCUUCAACUUAUCUGCACUGCAAGUAAUUUCUUUGAGAUCUAACCAACUAUCAGGUAGUAUACCGAGAGAAAUUGGAAAUUUAACAACGUUGAAAGAGAUCUACCUUUUUGAUAAUAAUUUCACAGGUACUGUAUCAGAUGAGAUUGGUCGUCUUCCAAAUUUAGUGUUAUUGUACCUCGGUUUUAAUAAUCUGAAUGGUCACAUCCCAACCACAAUCUUCAACAAGUCCACAUUAGUGACCAUUGAUCUAACUAGUAAUCAGCUCUCAGGCAACCUCCCAACAAACAUAGGUCUUGGGCUUCCAAACCUCCAAAAUUUCUUCCUGGGAGAAAUUAAACUCAGCGGAGUAAUCCCCAAAUCCAUCUCUAAUGCUUCUCAGCUCACGUUCCUAGAAUUGGGAAGGAACUUUCUCUCGGGCUUUAUUCCUAACACGCUGUGUGCCUUAACAAACCUUGAGUGGCUUUCCUUAUUUGAGAAUAAUUUAACUCUUGAUACUACUACUCCGGAAGUAAAUGUCCUCUCUUGCUUGGCAAAUCUAAAAAAUUUGAAGCGCUUGGCCUUUGAUACAAACCCAUUAAAUGCCAACCUCCCUAUUUCCUUUAGGAAUCUCUCUUCAUCACUUCAGAAUGUUUAUCUAUACAACUGCAACAUGAGAGGUAAUAUUCCUGAUGAUAUAGGCAACUUGAGCAGCUUGACAAUCUUAAACAUGCAUGACAACAAAUUAAGUGGAUCAAUUCCAACCUCAAUAGGAACACUGAAAAAUCUCCAAGUUUUGAGUUUGGACGGUAACAGCUUUCAAGGACACAUCGCGGAUGAACUUUGUGAACUACAAAACCUUUUUGUAUUAAGCUUGCAUGGUAACCAGCUCUCUGGCUCUAUACCUUCUUGUUUGGGUCAUCUAGCCACCGCACUAAGAGCUCUAGAUUUAGGGUCCAAUUUGUUGAAUUCAACAAUACCAACUAACUUGUGGGGACUUUCAGAUCUCUUGUAUGUAUACUUGUCAUCGAAUAAUCUAAGUGGAUCUCUCUCGGAAGAUGUUGGUAAUCUUAAAGUUAUUAUAGAGAUAGAUUUAUCAAACAACCACUUAUCCGGUAGCAUACCGAGCAGCAUUGGGAAUCUACAAAGCAUGGUCAAGCUCUCCUUGGAGAAUAAUAAGUUCGAAGGCCUUAUUCCUAAUUCACUUGGCAAGUCGCUCAGCUUGGAAAUUUUAGAUUUAUCCAUAAACAAUCUGUCUGGAUUGAUUCCAAAGUCAUUUGAAUCGCUCAAAUAUCUCAAAAUUUUUAAUCUGUCUUUCAACAAACUCCAAGGAGAAAUUCCAACGAGCGGACCUUUCCAAAACCUCUCUGCUCAAUCAUUUGUUUCGAGCGGGGAACUCCGUGGUGCAUCCCGAUUCCUUGUCCCAUCAUGCAAUAAUAGAACAUUUGAAGCACAUUUGAAGUCCAUUAUAUCAGGGAUCUUGUCAGCAUUGUUCAUAGCUACCUUCAUUUGGAUAGUGAUACUACGCAGAAGAAAGAAUGUGGAAGCUGCAAAAGAGAUUACAUUGUUACCUCAACUUCUACAUAGAAGAGUUUCGUACCUCGAACUUGUUAGAGCAACAAAUGCAUUUAAUGAAAGCAACUUACUUGGCAGUGGUGGUUUUGGCUCAGUAUAUAAAGGAACAUUUUCUGAUGGGAUAGAUGUGGCCGUAAAGAGGUUGAGUAUUAUGAUAGAUGUUGCAUCGGCAUUGGAAUACCUUCAUCAUGGCUAUGGAACACCUAUUGUUCAUUGUGAUUUGAAGCCCAGCAAUAUCCUUCUGGAUAAGGAUAUGAGUGCACAUGUAGCUGACUUUGGCAUUGCAAAACUCUUGUGUGGAAGAGAUUCGUUGACCCGAACCAUCACUCAAGCCACAAUUGGAUAUAUGGCCCCAGAGUAUGGAAUGGAAGGAAUAGUUACUAGAAGAGGGGAUGUUUACAGUUUUGGUAUUGUACUGAUGGAAACAUUCACGAGAAAGAAGCCAACAAAUGUGAUGUUUGGGGACAUGAGUUUGAAGCAAUGGGUUGCAAAUUCACCAUUACUUGAUGUUGUGGAUGCCAACUUACUUGGGAUUGAAGAAGGGGAUCGUGAAUUUGAGAAAAAUAGGGAGUGCUUAUCAUCAAUUAUGAGAUUAGCUCUAGCUUGUUCCUCCGAAUCACCAGAAGGGAGGAUAAAUAUGCAAGAGGCUCUAGCCACUCUAAACAAAAUAAAGAUCAAGUUCUUCAAGGACGCUUCUGCAGGAGGAGUUGUGGUGCUGAAGCAUCCUCUUCUUUUGCAGCUCUUUUUAUGGGUUUCAUUUCUGUAG